UUUUUCUUUUUUUUGACUCAUGUUGUGUUGUCAGACAGAGACACAGAAGGAGAAAACGUGGACCGUGUGCUUAACCUACUUUACCUCUACUAACCGCGUUGACAGUCAGUCGGCGUUAGUUAGCUCGUUAACACGUAGCCGAAGCGAUAUAGGUUGAAACAUGACGGAACAGUCCUCGUUGUUACUACGUAAACAAUUAGCAGAGCUCAACAAGAACCCGGUGGAAGGCUUUUCUGCGGGGCUAGUGGACGACGAUGACAUCUAUCAGUGGGAAGUGGUCGUCAUUGGACCUCAGGACACGUUAUUUGAAGGAGGUUUUUUCAAAGCCACCCUAACGUUUCCCCGGGACUAUCCUCUGAGGCCUCCCAAGAUGAAGUUUAUCACAGAAAUCUGGCAUCCAAAUGUGGCGAAAAACGGCGAUGUUUGCAUCUCCAUCCUGCACGAACCCGGUGAGGACAAGUACGGCUACGAGAAGCCCGAGGAGCGCUGGCUACCGAUCCACACGGUGGAAACCAUCAUGAUCAGCGUUAUCUCCAUGCUAGCAGACCCCAACGGAGACUCUCCUGCCAACGUGGACGCGGCGAAAGAGUGGAGGGAAGAUCCCACAGGAGUCUUUAAGAAGAAGGUGGCACGCUGUGUACGGAGGAGUCAGGAAAUGGCUUUUGACUAAGGAAGGCCUCGCUUCUGACAUCACCACAGUUGGAGCCACACAGCGGACCGGGCAGCCGGUUCCGCUGGAGCCAGCUGGAGGACAGUUGGCAGAACUGGUCAGCGAUGAAGAAACACAGGAAAAUGUUUAAAAAUGAAUAUUUUCAUACCGUUGGCUGUGUUUCUGUGCAGCUAAUUAUUUCUCUAUUAGUUUUUUUUUUCUCUCUUGCAGUUUGACAGAUGUUGUUUAUAUUUAUGAAUAUUGCAGAAUGGCAUUCAUGCUGCCAAGGCUACAAUUUUCCAUCAUACCAUUACUCAAAACACUGGGCAAUCAACAUUUCAAUUAUACAGCCUAUUACUUCUUCUGUGUUGUGUAUAUACCCACCAGAUUCUUGGGAGAAAAAAAAUCUCCUCUUGAUAAACGCACCGUUUUUCUAAAGUUAGUUUACUUCCUAUUUACCUAUUUAUUUAGAGUGAAGCUAUUUUAUGAUGCACAUUGUGUGGGUUUUUUUUUCUCUCUCUUCUUAUUUUCAGCCUGCCACACUGAGCCAUUCAGAUACGCUCGUAUCACUAAUUAUGCAAUUUUGUCAUUAAAGUGAUGGAAAUACAGACUUAAUUUCCUUCCCCUGUACAUCCUAAGUGCUCUUCUUCCCUCAAGUGAGAAACUAAUAACUCAGCACUGCCUUAACUUUGAGUGCCAGGAAAGGAAAUUUGUCUUCAGUCAGGACUGCGUCUGAAAGCUUGUUUUUAAUCCAGAAAAACACAAAAAACUGGGGACAAACCAAAGCAAACACCAAAAAAAAAAACAAAGAAGUGUUUUUACUGAACACAUGUUUUACCUUUGUAAAUAUGAACUGUAUGUCCUUGUCAUUGCACAUGUAGGAAAACAAUAAGCAUUCUCCUGUUUGUGUGGCGGAGGAGGACGUCGUCGACACCACCCACACGAGGCUCUGUGUAGUAGCAUUGUUUUUAAACAGGUAUGCAGUUGUAUUGACUUGAGGUAAAUGGAUGUUAGACGGUGAAAACAAGUAAUAAAGCUCAGUGUGGACACGGUUGAGUAA